AUGGGAGUGUCUGAGCUGCGCAUCGGGCUGCUGCGAAGAUCCUACGCUGGAGUGGAAGGAAGUGAGCCCUACGGUAGUCGGCCUGGGCCAGGAAAGGUGCGGGACCCGAGUCGUUUGUCUCGGGCAGGGAAUGAAUGGGCGUUGCGARCCCCCGGUGAGGUGGUACGCGCUGCCUGUAGUGAGGGUCUGACGGCGUCAGCGGCACCGCGGGCCGCCCGCCGCAGCAUGGAGGACGAUGCGCCGGUGAUCUAUGGGCUGGAGUUCCAGGCACGUGCCCUGACACCUCAGACUGCAGAAGCAGAUGCCAUUCGGUUUUUGGUUGGGACGCAGUCACUUAAAUAUGAUAAUCAGAUCCACAUCAUAGAUUUUGACGAUGAGAAUAACAUUAUAAAUAAAAAUGUCCUCCUGCAUCAAGCGGGUGAAAUCUGGCACAUUAGUGCCAGCCCUGCAGAUAAAGGUGUGCUGGCAACCUGCUACAGUAAAAAAACUGACAUUGGCAAGAAAGGCCUUCCAUAGGUGUUCAGCGUGGAAGUUCAGGGACUUGAUCUGUGG